GCGAACCUUGUUUGCGGUGACGCAGGUAUUUCCUCGUCGCUCCGGGAGGGCGGAGGGUGCGAGGAGCUGCAGGUGAGUUGGCACGGACGAGGAGAUCCAGAGUUUUGGGAACCAAUCGGUCCGAGUGCAGCUUUUCAGCGCUUCCAGACACAUCGGUGCGGUCGGACCCUCAAAGGUUCUCCUCCUCCUGGCACCUCCUCGGUGGAGCAGCUUCUCUCCGACGACCCCGGGCUGCCAGAGCCGGCCGACAUGAGGAGGAACGACGACUACUUCCCCGUCCCUGGGGAGGAGAAGAGCCCAGAUGGCCCCAGCUACGGGGUCCCAGGCAGGGAGCCCAAAAAGAUCCCAGACGAGAAGAUUAGGAUGCAGGACCUGGGCCCCGGGGCCCCGGCGGGGGGCCGGUCGGAGGCGUGCUUCGAGGACGGCGUGCGCCGCGUGGACUACGUGCUGGCGUACCACGUGAAGAAGACGGGCUCCGCCCACCGCCGGGCGGCGCGGGGGGCCGACGGCGGGCUGCUGCGCCGGCUGCGGCGCUCGCUGAGCCUCCGGGGCAGCAGGGCGGCGCUGCAGCCCCGGGACGACCCCGAGGUCGCCGCGCAGCAGCAGCAGGCCAGUUACCACGACGACGACAAGCGCUUCAGCCGCACGCAGUUUGAGGAGAAACUCCUGGAGAUGGGCCUACAGCUAGAGAGGGACGAGGAGUCCAACAUCCCGGGAAUCGGGUUCCUGAAGAUCCACGCCCCCUGGAACAUCCUGUGUCGAGAGGCCGAGUUCCUGAAGCUCAAGAUGCCCACCAAGAAGGUGUACGAGGUGAACCAGGGGAACAACAUCGUGGAGAACAUCAGGCUCUUCAUCCACAAGGUCACCGCGCCGCUGCACCCCAAGGUGGACUGCAGCCGCCCGCAGAGCGUCAAGCCGCUGUCCCACCCCUUCAGCCGCGAGAAGCAGCACCUGUUUGAUCUGUCGGACCCAGACUCUUUCUUUGGUAGCAAGACCAGGAGCUUUAUAGUGUACGAGGUGCUAAAACGGACCAGAAUCACAACGAGGCCGCGGAGAGCAGGGAUCACCAGCCUGCUCGGCAGUGGGGUGUACACGGCCGCCUACCCCGUCCACGACGGAGACAUUGAAGGGGUGGACAUAAAGACCAACGACAGGAAGCUGCUCUACGAGGAGUGGGCGAGCUACAGCGUCUUCUACAAGUACCAGCCCAUCAGCCUCAUCAGGAAGUACUUCGGGGAGAAGGUGGGGCUGUACUUCGCCUGGCUGGGCGUCUACACCCAGAUGCUCAUCCCCGCCGCCAUCGUGGGCGUCAUCGUGUUCCUGUACGGCUGCGCCACCGUGGACGACGACAUCCCCAGCAUGGAGAUCUGCGACCCCAGGAACAACAUCACCAUGUGUCCGAUGUGCGACAGCGCCUGCAGCUACUGGAGGCUGUCCUCGGCCUGCGGGACGGCCCGCGCCAGCCACCUCUUCGACAACCCCGCCACCGUCUUCUUCUCCAUCUUCAUGGCCCUGUGGGCGGUCCUCUUCAUGGAACACUGGAAGAGGAGACAGAUGAGACUCAACUACAUCUGGGACCUGACCGGCUAUGAGGAGGAGGAGGAAGAACACGAGGACCACUUCAGGGCGGACUAUGAGCUACGGGUCAUCAAGAAGAAACAGAGAAACGAACAUAAGACUCCCAAGAACGAGAAGGUGAAGCUCACAUGUACAGACAGGAUGCCAGCCUACCUGACCACGCUUGUGAUGAUGGCCUUCAUGAUCACGGUGACCUUUGCCAUCGUGUUCGGGGUCAUCCUGUACCGGAUCACCAUCAAGUCCCUCCUCCACUUCAGCUCGUAUCCCGCGGCGCGCUCCAACAUCAGGGCCACCGUCAAGACCACCGCCGCCAUCAUCAACCUCAUCGCCAUCAUCAUCAUGGACGAGAUCUACGCCGCCAUCGCCCGCUGGCUCACCAGACUAGAGGUCCCAAAGACAGACAAGAGCUUUGAGGAUCGGCUCAUCUUCAAGACCUUCAUCCUUAAGUUUGUCAACGCCUUCACUCCCAUCGUGUACCUGGCGUUCUUCAGAGGACGGCUGGUGGGUCGUCCUGGCAGUUACUUAUACGUGGUUGGCUCCUACAGGAUGGAGGAGUGUGCCCAUGCGGGCUGUCUCAUGGAGCUGUGCAUUCAGCUGUGCAUCACCAUGUUGGGGAAACAGCUCAUUCAGAACAACCUGUUUGAGAUCGGCAUACCGAAGCUGAAGAAGCUGCUGAGGAGGAGGAAGACGGACAUGGACGCCGAGCAGGAGGCGGAGCUUAACAAGAGGCUGCAGCGCCACGAGAAGGACCACCAGCUGGGGCCCUUCGGCGGGCUGGCCCCCGAGUACAUGGAGAUGAUCAUCCAGUUCGGGAUGGUCACUCUGUUCGUGGCCUCCUUCCCUCUGGCUCCGCUAUUCGCCCUCCUCAACAACAUCAUCGAGAUCCGUCUGGACGCCAAGAAGUUCGUCAUGGGGCUCAGGAGACCCAUCGCCGUCAGAGCCAAAGACAUCGGUAUCUGGUACAAUUUGUUAAGGGGUCUCAGUAAGGUGGCGGUCAUCGUCAAUGCGUUUGUCAUCUCCUUCACGUCGGACUUCAUCCCGCGGCUGGUCUACCAGUACAUGUACAGCCCCGACGGCUCCAUGCACGGCUUCGUCAACCACACCCUCUCCGUCUUCAACACCAGCGACUUCCAGACCGGCACGGCCCCCCUGGACCCCGAGAUCCUGGGGUACAAGGUGCCCCUCUGCAGGUACAAGGACUACAGAGAGCCCCCUGGCAGCAGCUCGUCCUACGAGUUCACCAAGGAGUUCUGGGCCAUCCUGGCCGCGCGCCUGGCGUUUGUUAUCCUGUUCCAGAACGUGGUGAUGCUGAUGAGCGACUUCAUCGACUGGCUCAUCCCGGACAUCCCCAAGGACAUCAGCCUGCAGAUCCACAAGGAGAAGAUCCUGAUGGUGGAGCUGUUCAUGAAGGAGGAGCAGAGCCGCUGGUACAGCGGCGGGACGGACCCCCGCCCGGAGAAGGCCGACCCGUCCCCGCUGCUGAAGCGCAGCCCCCUGAUGCCCCCCCCGCGACGGGACCCCUACGCCCACACGGCCAACUGCUAGAGCGCGGGGUGGCCGGCUGCACCCCGCGCUCUGGCAGUCCACAGCCGCCCAGAGGACGAUAAGCCCCGCCCCCGCGGUCCCUUUAGCGGGGUGAGGGGUCCACCGCCGACUGAUCCGUCCCCGCUGCGCUGAGGCACGCCACCCGUCGACAAGCGACCGGUUCUGGCUGGCUCCGUGUGGCUCUCUGCCUGCUUGACGGAAUCGAUCGCGAGCGCGUCUUCUCGUAAGCAAAGGUAGAUAAUCGCCAGGUGGUUUGAGGAACACGCCUUGUUUUAGGGAAAUGCUUUUUGUUGUUCUUAACCAGAGUUAAAAUGUCAAGAUGCUUAGUGUGUGAUUCUCAUUAGAAUCCCGUUCUAAAUGGGAAUCCCGUUCUAAAUGGGAAUCCCGUUCUAAAUGAGUUGACCCGUUACAUGGAUGCAGACAGAAGCCGUUCCACCACACUGUAGCCUGUGCAUGCCGCUGUUCGAUUCCCGACACGAUAGCAUUGUGUUGCUGUUGUUUAAUCUGGUGAUCAUAGGACAUUGUGCGUCCUACGGGCGUCAAGCCAGCUGUGUGCGUGUCACACUUUCAGCCUCCUGUCACACUCCUUUGCAACAAGGAAAAUACAUAUUUCACUCGCCAAAGAAUUUGAUCAAAAUCUAGUUGUUUUUUUCUUCGCACAACAUUUCCCUAAAUCAAGAUGUGUUCUUCUAAAUGCAAUAAUUUCAUAUUUAUAAUUAUUGUACCAUUGUUUCCUCAACUAUUGUUAGUUUGACAGUUUCUCGAACAGAUUCAGUUUCAGCAUGAAGCCAUUAAAGUCGUUUUUAUAUUUAAACCAUGAAACCGAGUAGUCACUACAGCAAGGUUAUCAUUACCAGUAGUGAUUAGUAAAACGUAUGAAUUAGGAGAACUAAGUGUGCGAUUAUCAACAGUGUAAGUUAAUGGAGCUUCAUUUGAUUGGAUUUCCUCAAAGCCUGUCCCCUUGUGUGCAAUAUCGAUAAGACUCAGCAAAGGACCACGGCGCAUGCCCCUACGUCCCAGCUGGGUGAUAAGGGACACGCCAAUACGUCCCUUAUCCCCGGUCAGGGAUCAAUAAAGAACAUCUUCUCUUAUGUGUGUUUGAAAUGGCUCUACCUGCCUGGCACUACUUUCAGCCAACGACAAGGAGCCAAUUGAUCAGCGUACCAGGAGGUGGUUCAGACCCUCGGGAUGAUCUACGCGUCGGUUACUCUAAAUGCAUGUCUGCCGAGAUACAAGCAGAAAGCAGGAUAUUGUUGCUCUCAAUCUUUUUGGUUUUAACAUUUGCCUUUCGACAAAGAGACUGCUUAGAAUACACAAGGGCUUGUUAGCUGGUCUGCUGUAAUGCUUCUUCUGGACCUAAACCUGCUUCAUGUUCUUCACUCGUACUUAGUUAUGAAGAGCAACAGGACUGACCGCACUCGUCGACUUUGAUACGCUCCUUAGCCAUGAUGUCCAGCUCCUAUUCGGAGGACGUAUAUUAACUGGAUUUUCCAGCGGGGGCCAACCGUGUAUCCAUUUGUCUGUUCUUACUGUCUCUGAUAGAAUUGUUCGUUGUGUUGUGUUACCUUGUCUGACAGCAGUCACAUCCUAUUGUCUGGCAGCUAGAGCUAAGUGCUGGGUGGGCGAGCUGCGGGACUCGUCAAAGGUCUCAGCAGAGCCAGGUAGGCGAGCUUGAGUCCCCGUGUAAUCUGUUCAUCCUAUCAUCCUGUCCGAUGGGUUCAGAUCAUUGAACCCCACGAUUGACCAAAGUUUGGGGAUGGAGAGUUGCUACAUGGAUGCAGGAUCUAACCCAUCCUCGUAGCAGUGGUGAGACAAGGUAUCCUGUCCCAUUCAUUCACUGAAUGAUUUCUGGAAAAAGGCUCUGAAUUAAGGUUCUUAAUAGGUUAUUGUAUUUCUAAAACUGCCGUUUUUGGGUAUCAAAGGUCUGAGGGUAUGUACAAUUUCAGAAGUAGGUCACACACCCAGUCCUGGCCUUCCUUUUGUAUCCUCAUUGGACAUUGAGUGUAACUCUAGCCCUCUACAUUCAGUGAAUGCUCGUGGUUUUAUAAACACGAUAUGACGCCCACUUUGCCCCAGGACACUCAGCUAUCAGCCACCCAGUUUGUCAAGCAGACUUUAGUCCGUCGGAGUGUCCCUUUAAGGCUCCGUUGUACUCACCGGCACACAACUCUUCCCUGCCGGAACCCUGUGGACUGUGUGGCUAAUAAUCUCCUACAAUAAUUGCCAACACUCAUCGUUGGGAACUUUGAAUGUUUGCAUGUAAAUUGCAUAUAAUCUUUCUAGGAUUUACCAAAAAUAUCCUCAUGGAGGAAAAGCCAUCAUGGCCAUGGACAUCUUAAGUCUUUCCCUGCGUUUGUUCUCCAUGAGGAAUGAUUUAAACCACUUUCCCAACAGUUUGUCACCUUUACUUUAUCAUAUACUUUCAUCUAAAGGUUAAAGCCUUUUCAGCACAAAAUGACACCUAUAAAUACAAUAAGUUAGAGGCCCUCAUUACAACAAUAGAGACUAUUAGAAUGUAUCAUUUAAGUUUUGAUUUUCACUUCUAAGAAUAAUUAUCUUUUCUAAGUUCACUAUUUUGGUUGGAGAUUCAGGAAAUUAUUUUUCAGGCUGCCCUGAUAUUGUCUUUUCGAGCAGCGAGAUAAUAUUACCUUUUUUAUCAGGAUAUGAGCCAGUGUGAGGGGUUGCGUUUCCAUUGGGGAAGCUACAGUGCUUUGUUUUGUAAUGUAACUCUUCAGAUGAUACUAUUAUACGCAGUGUGGAAUAGUGUGUGUUUAGAACUAGGCUGCAGACUGAAUCUGUUCAUUCGUAAGGCAGUUUUUUUAAAUGACUAAUUGAUUAGGCCUAUGUAAAUAGCAAACAUUAGCCAGAGAUGUUUGAUAUCUAUGUAUGUCAUCUAACCGUUUAUUGCCAUAAUGUAAUUGCAACUUUAAUAAAAGAGUAUGCAUUGGGAACUGUUACAUUUGUCACAAGUAAUGCGCGUAUGUAAUAAACAUUUUGAAUUUAACUGAUCCAUUUAAAAUUCUUAAAAAAAAAAAAGCAGGAACAGCGCAACAGUAGACUGAGCAGUAUGGGUAUUACAGAGAACGACUCCUACUUAAUUUAACCAAAUUUACAGAAUUAUUCAUGAUUAUCUGGACGAACAAAACUGAUGUAAGCUACGUAUCACGGUUAAUAACACCAUAGUUAAUAACAACAACACCGGAACGAAGAUCUUUGACGCCACCAUGUGGAGAGGUUACACCACUACACCGGAGACCCGUCGCGUCCCAAGGAGCCUCUACGGAAAGGUGGUAGCGGACGGGCACACGGACCGGCGAUGUCAGGCUGUCGCUUCUAGUAGUCAAUAGCGACAGAGCUGUGGAAAGUACUGCAUCAGCCAGCAACUUCACGUGAC